AUGAAGUUCUCCGUUCUUUGCUUUGCUUUGGCUUCAUCGCUGGUGGCUGCGAUUCCAAGAUCGCAUCGCAUCCAAGAUCCGCUUGAUCGUGAAAUUUCCCUGGAGCCACUUCUCAACACUAGGACUGCAUUUAAUCGUGCUGCGUUAGACUACUACAUCUCAAUUCUCAACGAUUACAAAGACUAUGUCCCCAAGGAGAUCAAAUUGCUCUUUCGCGGUCUCUCCGAUUCCACCAAAAAUAAGUUGGUGGCCGGAGUGAAUGAUAUCGAAACAGGUCGUGUAAAUAUCCCUGACGACCCAGAUGCAAUCAUUUCCUACGUCAAGAAAACACCCGAACUUACCAAAAAUGUUGAGGAUGCCAUGGAAUUACUUAUGGAUAACUUAAGCGAAGUCAGCAAAACAACCAGAGAUCUUUUCCAGAAGUGGUGGAAGAGGAUCUUCUCCGCAGUUUCUGCUCCUCGUCCACAGGUGGCCAACCAGGUUGCUAGAGUCAUUUCUGGCUUCAAGACCGCUUAUGACAAGGCACCAACAGCAGUCAAGAACGACAUCGCUAAGACUUGGCCUGAAGCCUAUAAUCUACUCGAAACGGAUUUCGCUACCAACUUCGCUGCCGCAGCAAAAAAAUUCGCCGACGGUGGCCUAUCCAUGGACGUUAGAAUUCUGACCGCCGACGCUGAUUACCCACCAAAAGCACCAAAGAUCAAGAUCAACCGUGAAAGCCUUCUCGAUAAUGACGCAGAUCUCGAGUAG